AUGGUGGCCUACGGGCAGGCAGCUGGGGGCCGCUCCUGGGCCAGCGCCGCGGCGGGCGGCAAGGCCAAGGGCAGCUGGAGAUACUGGGUCUGCUCCAGCGGCGUGUGCAGGGAGUGGAACUGGUGCUCGCUCUGGAAGUGCCGCGGCUGCGACCGUGUGGCCCCGCCGUGGGUCAAGGCAGCCCAGCCGCCCGCGGCUGCCGCCGGCCAGGAGCCGCCCGUCGCCGACGCCGAGGGCUUCGUCGUCCAGCCCCGUGGGAGGAAGGCGAGGCGCCAGGCCAAGCGCACGGCUGCCCGCGCGGCAAGCGCUGGGGCCGCCAGCCAGGCAGGAGUCGGCGAGGCCAGCAGCGGGCAGCAGUCGGCCGUCGAGCAGCACCGCCUGGAGGUCAAGCGCAUCGAGGACUUCCUCGCGGCCCCUGGCGGGUCCAUCGACGAGGGGUGCCUGCAGUCGCUGCGCGCGGCCAUCGACCGAGAGCGGCGCCUGCCGAGGCAGGGGCGGGCCAAGGAGCAGGCGCUGCUCAAAGCUGAGGAGGCCCACGCGGCAGCCAUCGGAGAACGUGAGGCGGCCAUCGCGCGCGAGGCCGCAUGUGCAGAGGCGGUCGAGGAGUGCCGUGCUGCUCUCGAGGCUCACCGCGAGGAUCAGAGGGCCGCAGAGGCCAGACAGGCCAAGGAGGUCGGCGCGGCCUUCGUCGGCACGGACCUGCUCGGGAUGGUCCACGGCCUCAUCCAGCAGGUCGAGGCCUUGCCCCAGGGCUUCGCCGCGGGCAAUGGGGAGGCCGCCUUCGCCGAGGUCGCCAAGCAGAUUGCUGCGGUCCGCAGGACGCGGCCGAGCGCGGCCAAGCAGCGCGCCGAGGAGAGGCGCACGGAGCGCGGCCCUCAGCCCAGCCGCUGGCUAGGGACCUGGCCAACGCUGGGGCAGCCCUCCUCGACGACCAGCCGCUGGCUACUGCUGCUGGUGGCCAUGCUGAUGUUGGUCGGCGUCGGGUUUGACGUCGACUCGGCAGGCCAGUGGUCGGUUGACAGCAGAAGGGUCAGACGGCGCCUGAGCGAGCAGGCCGCUGGCGAGCGGGUGGGGGAGUCCAUUGACGGGCGCAGCGCAGCCAAGGUGCCAAGUGACAAGAGGAACGGCUCCCUGGGGCCAGGGCAUGAGGCGGUGGCGACGGGCCAGCCUGGCCCGAACGCUACGUCGGGCGGCGUCGCGAUCCUGGUGAGGGCUGGACCCCAGGCCGAGGAGUCAGCAUGCCAGCUCCCUGCGGCCCUGCGCCACCGCCUCAUCGGUGUCGAGGUGACGGCGCCGUCGGGCCUCCGUCUCCUGGCCUUGGCUGGGUACUUCCAGCACUCCUUGGGCCCGCGGGGGAUCAACCUCGACCUCUUCUCCUCGGUCUCGGACCUCGUGGCAUUCUCGCUCGACUUGCCCUGGGUCCUCCAGGCGGGUUUCAACAUGGAGCCCGAGCCCCUGCAGGAGCUGGGCUGGCCUGCAGCGGUUCGCGGUCAGCACGUCUACGACUGGUUCGUCGCCUCGUCCGACCUGGCCACGUGCACGGUGUCCUGCGCGACCACGCUCAACGACUUCGGGCUGCACCCGCACUCUCCAGUGCUGCUGCGCCUCCAAGACGCCAGGUGCGAUGCCCUGGUCGAGGUGCCCUCCCGUCCUGCUCGGUUCCCAGAAGUGGAGGUCAAGGGCGUGUGCUCCCGCGAGGACGCCGUGGUCCAGGCCUUCACUGUCGGCAAGCGCGGGAAGGUGUCGCAGAAGGAUGUAGCUUGGUCGUGGGCUCAAGGUUCGUGCCCGACCAGCCUCUCUGCUGCUUUCGGCGAGUGGAUCGAGGCGGCGGAGGGUACCCUCACGGGCAUCCACGAGAUUGCGCCAGGCGACCUGCCACGCUACCUUGGGCGAGCGGCAGGGCCCAAGACCAGGCGCAUGCCCUUCAGCGCGAGGCUUCGCGCAGAGCAGGCCAGCAGGUGGCACCCGACCCACUCCUGGUGGUAUGAGCAGCAGGCUGCGGCGAGGGCGAAGCUCCUGGACGAGGCGACCCAGGGGGAGGCUUGCCUUCGGAGCGCGCCCCUCCCCGGGGCGUCCGACGUGAAAUGGGGGGACCUCGCCUUCCACGCGGGGGUGAAGGGCUGCCCCACGGGGAUCGCCAAGCUACAGUCGUGGCUCCUGGCGUCCCAGAGGCGCGAUGCCGCAGAAGGAGCUGCCGCUUGGCGCAGUUGGGCCCAGACGGCGGUGGAGAAAGGAGGCCGCCUGGCCCGCCGCUUCUCCAAGGCGGCUCCCGCGCCUCUAGUCAGGGACGCCGACACAGGGAGGCCCCUCGUCGGCAUGGACGCCGUUGACCAGCUCACGCGCACGUGGCAACGGCUCUGGCUUCAGGAAGGCUUCUCCAGCGGAGUCGGAGCCCACCAGUGGGAUGUUGGAUCCUGGACGCUGCCGCCCAUCACCCUGGAGGCAUUGCAGCAGGCAUGCCAGCGCUACGGCCCGUCUGUGGGGCUGGGCUGCGACAACCUGCACCCUCGCCAGCUUCUCCUGCUGCCAGUGGCGCUGCAGCUUCGCCUGAUCGACAUCCUCACGGCGUUCGAGGACGAGCCUUCCUCGAUCAGGGGACAGGUGACGCUCAUGGUGUUUAUUCUUAAAGCCGACGGAGGGACCAAGCCCAUCGCGCUGCUCCCGCUGGCCUUGCGGCUGUGGUCUCGCCUGAGGAAGCCGCGCUGUGCCCGAUGGGGGUCCGACCACAGCUUCUCCUUCUUCUGGGGUCGCGAUGGCAGUGAUUGCGAAAGAGCGGGUUGGAUCCACAACUGCUUCGCGGGCUUCGCGAUGGCCUCCCCGCACUUCGAGGUGGCCAGCCUGUUCCUGGACAUCCGCAAGUUCUACGAGCACGUGCGCCACGACGUCCUCUGGACGUCAGCCCAGCGCUUCGGCUUCAACCUGAAGCUGCUGCGCGGCCCCCUCGCCAUCUACCAGGCCCCGCGGAUCGUGCUGGCAGGUGGCAUGGCUUCGGCCCCCUUUGAGGCCAGUGGCGCAGUGCUGGCGGGCUGCGCGUGUGCGACGGCUGUUGCGAAGCUUCCCCUUCUGGGAGGCCUCCUCGCUGCUGGGGCUCAUCGGCCUCUUGCCACCCUGCGCAAUUUGGUGGACGACGUCUCGCUCCAAGCUGUCGGCUCGGCGAGGCUGGUCGUGGACCAGCUCGCGGGGGCCAGCGGGGAGGUGCUGCGACACCUGCGGGCCCACCACCUCCCGCUCAACGAGGGCAAGUCGGUUUUCCUGGCCUCGUCUGCACAGGUUGCGGACGGCCUCGUCGCCAGCUGGGCCGCCCUCGGCUUCGAGGUCAAGCGUGGCUCCCAGGCCCGCAACUCGGGCACCGACGCCAACGUGACCCGCAGAGGGGUCCAUGAGGGAGGUGCCCGCGCUGUGGGAGGCCUUCCCCGCGCCAGGCGGCUGAGAAUCCUGGGCUCGGCGGGGGCCGCGGUGGUGCACAUUCACCGCGCUGGCCCUACCGCCGCCAUGCUGUGGGGCAGGACGGUCACUGGGGUGCCGGACGGCGAGCUUCACUCCUGGCGCCUGGCGGCUGCGCGCUCGGCAGGGAAGCUUCCCAAUGGCGCCUCCCUUGGGCUGAGGCUCACGGCGAUCGAGGUGCAGCGCUCCACCGACCUGGACCUGAGCCCAGCCCUGGUGCGCGCCGCUGUGCAGGUGGCAGCCAGCCUCCUUCAGACGGGCGAGGUGCCCCUGAGGAUGUUCGCGACCUGCCUGGAGGAGGCCGAGCGCAGGCACGGCAGCGCCAGGGUGCCCUGGGUGAACUGCAAGAACCCAGUCGACGCCCUGGCCCUCUCUCUGUUGCGGGUUGGGUGGCGCCUCUCGGCUGGGCACUUCCUCCACGCCGAUGACGGCCACACCUUGGACAUGCUAAUCAUGGGCCCCCGCGAGCUCGGGCUGCUGGCUGCGGCAGACGCGCUCGGCCAGGUCAUCGGGCCGCGCGGCAGGUUCAGCAGCGGGGAGAAGGCCGCGGUGGUGAGCCACGUGUCCAACGCCCACUGGCCCCAGACUCGCCUCUUCGCGGCUGGAGAGCGGGGCCGCCCUCGAUGCUGCGCCUGCGGCGAAGUGCGUGGCAGCCUCUGGCACAGGCUCUUCGAGUGCCAAGCCCUGGCCGCUGAGAGGAGGGACUCGGUGCCAGCCCGCCUCCACCGCUGCGCCACUAGAGUGAGGCAGCGAGGUGAGGAAGCGGGGGGGUGCUUCUCCAGGUGCUGGCUGCCGCAGCCCCCGCAGACGGCCUGGAGGUCGGACGCUAUGGCAGUCAUGUGGGUGAACAGGCCUGCCGACGGGCUGCUAGGCGGCCGCCUCUUCCUCGACGGCUCGGCGCUCGACCCUGAGUUCGAGUGCAUUCGCAGGGCUGGCUCGAGUAUCGUGCAGCGCGACGAGUUCGGUAACUUGGAGGCGGCAGUGUACAGCACGGUCCGCCUCGACCUGUGCCCCUUCCAGACGGCGAAGGACGGCGAGGACUCCGCGGUCUGCAUGCUGAGCCGCUACCUCGGGCCCUCGAUCAUCGAGAUCAACAUCGACUGCGCGUCCACAGUCAGCUGCUUGAAGCUUGGCAAGAAGUAUGCGACGGCUGCCAACAAGCCCAAUGCACACCUGUGGUCGGCCGUCUACGCCUCGCUGGACGUCGACUCGCUCAUUGUGAACAAGGUGGCGGCCCACUGCACCGAUAUCGAUGUUCGCGAGGGCAGGAUCUCGGAGUUUCAGUUGCCUGGGAACGGCCACGCCGACAGGUUGGCGAAGGCGGGGGCGGCCCUCCACAGGGUCAGCGCGGCGGCCAGGCGGGAGUUCUUCGGCGCGAUGGAGGUCGUGAGAGAGCUCCCCAGUUGGAUCGAGCAGGCCUCGAUCGUCUGGCAGGACAGGGGCUCCAAGGACUGCGAGGGCCUUCCUGAGGGCGACGAGCGGAGGACUGCGGUCACCUUCGCGGUCCCGCUGGAGGAGUGUGCUGACGGCCCGCGGGCGGCCCCCGCGAACGGAUUGGGCGCCCCGCCCGCCGCCGUGGGGGCCCGCGGGGAACAGGCUGGCGGCCGCCCCGCCGCUGUCGGCGCCUGGGCUCCGGCAGCGCGCGACGGAGGAGUAGCGCUGGGCGCCCUGGUCUUCGCCGUCGCGGGGCACGCCCUCGCGUGCGCCAGGUGCGGUGAGGACGGCGACCAGCAGGAGAUCAUUGCGCGCACCAGGUGCGGAGCGUAUGCGAGGCUUGGCGCACGCCCUGGCCCGCAGCCCACGCUCAGGGAGCGCUGUCCUGGCUCAACGGGCCUCCCCAGGUCGCUGCGGGACCAGAAGUCGCGGUGGGGGCGUGGCCUCCACCCUGGGGGCACGCCACACGCCCGCGACGCGCGGAGGAAGGGGGCGGAGGCCCCCCGCCUUCGCAAGGAGGCUGAGGUACCACUGGGCGCCAGGGUGCGCUUCCUGCAGCGGCUCGGGGUCCAGCCUGAUGCCCCAGCAGGAGUCGAGGGCAACGCCUCGGCGGCAGACGCUGCUCGGGGCGGCGCUGGCGCUGCGGCCUCCUCCUCGUCAGAGCUGCCCGCUGGGGCUGGCGUCGCCGCGGCAGGAGCGGGAUCGCGGCAGGCCUGGCUGGAUGCUUACGGCCUCGACGAGGAGAGCCUGCUGAGCUGGGCUGAGGAGGCCGGCGAGGAAGAGGCGCAGAGAUGA